GAGAGUGUAAAGGGGCUCCCUAAAUUCUGGUGGCUUCCAUUGAUCUUGUGCUUUGGAAAUUAGACUGGGAAAAAAGGUGAUGGCUUGCUUGCAUGAUCAUAGCUGCGAAGAACAUGAUUGCUCAUCUGAUUGGUCUCUCUACAAGCAUAUUGACCUCCCCAAGGUUUCUGCUUUAAAUGAGGCAGUUGCAGGGAGUGUUAAGUCUGUGUUCAAAGCCUGGGAGGAGCGGCUGAAUUCAUCUGGGGGACAUCUGGAGAGCAAUGAGGGUGAUCCUGAAUUACUUAUUUUCAUUCCGUUCACAUCAGAUGUGAAGAUCAGGAGCAUAUCAAUUGUGGGUGGUGCUGACGGAACAAGUCCUUCCAAGAUGAGGGCGUUCAUUAACCGAGAAGGCAUCGACUUUUCAGAUGCUCAAGGAAUGCAAGCCAUUCAGGAGUGGGAUUUGGUGGAAAAUUUCCAAGGAGUGCUGGAGUACCAGACAAGAUACUCCAAAUUUCAAAACGUGGGCAGUAUCACACUGCACUUCCCUGAUAGUUUUGGCGGCGAUAUAACCAAGAUUGAGUAUAUUGGCUUUAAAGGCGAAGCUACACAGUUGAAGAGGGAUGUUGUUGCUACCAUUGUAUAUGAACUGAGGCCAAAUCCGUCUGAUCACAAGACAAAGGCUGAAGGUGGGGGGCUUUCACAUGUGGAAUGAGACAGCAGUGCUUGCUGUACUAGAGCUGGAGUUGGAAAAAGAAUAGAUAUCAUGCUUAAUGUAACCUUCAGCGCUUCUUUAAGAACUAAUUUACUCUUGUAUAGUGAUAGAGAAGCACCAGAAAAUACUUCAGGCAGUGCUGCAAUCCUUUUACGGGACAGCAUUCCAUACUCUAUUUUGAUGUUUAGACAAUAUGGAAGAUGUUUCGCCUUGCAUGUACUUCAGACAA